GCUGGUUUUGACAUUCAAUCCAUUGCUGUUCAUAUAUUCUUACAUGGAUCAUCAAUCUCGACCCUGAGGUACACAGCCUUUGCACAUUAUCCACCUACUUCAUACUACUCGGUACAGCGCCUCCCACGAUGGGGAAGAACGACAGUGUCCCUGACGCCUGGGAUGAUGAUUGGGAAUCUUUGGCGGAUCGUGCGGCUAAAGAAGCACCAUCGCCUGAACCAGAGAAGGAAGUUAAAAUGACGAAAGCAGAAAGAUUAGCUAUGCACGUCGAGGCACAGCGAAAGCUAUGGGAAGCAGCGGAAUCGGAAAAGGAGAUCAAUUUUCUCGCGGCAACCAGCUCGGUGCCUUUGACUACACCUUUCAAGCCAGCCAUGAAGGUUCUCAGCCGCAGACCGGUAAUCGCAAAAAGAGAUCCGGUAACUGGACUAGAGCGGUCAACUCAACAGGACGACGAAGACGAAGACGAGAGUAAGAACAAGAAGCAAGAGACACCAGAAGAAAUUCGGAUGCGCCAACAACGAGAACUGGAGGAGAAGCAACGGCGAUACGAUGAGGCACGGGCGAAGAUCUUUGGAGAAUCCAGACCGACAGGGCCCGCAGCGACAGACCGAACCACAGACGGGGAAGAGGACGUGGAGGUAUGCAUCGUACCGACAGCCGGCCGGAAAGCCAGACUCGCCGCCUACCGCUCAACCCGCAAUCAACUCCCAGAGAGCUGUUCGACCCAAACUAUUCGACGAAGCCAGGCUCAACCAGCCAGAGGCGGUCGGCAGAGGACUCUCCGAACGUGA